CAGAUCUUGGCUUGAGGGUAGAGCAUCAAUCACAGCAUGAUAGACAGAAGAACUCAGAAAUAUGAUAGGCAGCUACGCCUGUGGCAUGCACACGGCCAAUCUGCACUGGAAAACGCGAACGUAUGUCUUCUGAACGGGUCGGCAGUCGGUACUGAAAUCUUGAAGAAUCUGAUCCUUCCAGCGAUCGGUUCCUUUACGGUCGUCGACGGCAAAGCAGUGGAAGUGGCUGACUUGGGAAACAACUUCUUUCUAACACAAGAAUGCUUGGGCCAAUCAAGGGCAAAGUGCGUGACCCAACUGUUGAAUGAAUUGAAUGAAGAGGUAGAGGGCAAGUUCUUGGAAGAGGAUCCUACGGUGCUGAUAGAAGCGAAUCCAUCGUAUUUUCAACAAUAUUCUCUUAUCAUUGCGAGUCAAUUACCUACAUCCAGUUUAUUGAGGUUGGCUGAUAUAUGCUGGGAAACGAAUAUCCCGUUGGUGAUUGUGCGGACGUACGGCUUGUUUGGAUACGCCAGGAUAGCUGUGAGAGAGCAUCACAUUGUUGAGACACAUCCCGAUCAGAUUGUUGACCUUCGCCUUGACUGUCCCUUUCCUGUCUUGCGUGACAUGGUGCAAGGAUACGAUAUCAGCCAGCUGGACUCAAUGGCCUAUGGUCAUAUACCGUAUAUUAUCCUGCUACUUAUGUGCCUCGAAGAGUGGAAGAGCGUGCAUGAUGGGAAACUACCGCUGACAAGCACAGAGCGAUCGCAAUUUAAAGAUCUCAUUCGUAGCAAGCAACGGGAAGAUGUGGGUGAGAAUCAGAACUUCGAGGAGGCUUUGGCUGCUGCCUACCGAGCAUGGACGCCGACAAAGAUACCUUCUCAUAUUCAAGACAUCCUUCAAGAUUCAGCGGCCGACAACAUCACGGAGCAUACGCCCACCUUUUGGGUGAUUGCAAGGGCGGUUCGCGACUUUGUUACGAAUGAGGGAGGAGGAUAUCUUCCCCUCGCGGGUACAGUCCCUGAUAUGCAUGCGGACACUGAGUCCUACGUGAAACUGCAAACCAUCUACCGUACAAAAGCCCGAGAAGAUUGCGCUGCUGUAAAGGAAAGGGUGAAAAGUAUCCUCGUGUCGUCAGGAAGGUCGCAAGAUGCUGUGUCAGAAGAAGAGAUUGAAAGAUUCUGCAAGAACGCGGCCUAUCUGAAGGUUAUACGAUAUCGUUCGCUCAAGGAGGAAUACGAACAGUGCACAUUGACGGGGAAGAAGAUUGGCAAUUGGCUCUCGGAUCCCGAUGAUAACAUCGUGUUUUAUGUGUUAGUACGGGCCGCAGACCUGUUCUACGAAAGAAUGCAACGAUAUCCAGGCGCAGGAAUCGAGAAUGUGGACGAGGACAUAAGUCCAAUGAGGCAGUGUGUAAGCGAGCUUCUAGCGCAAUGGGAUAGACCAGAUGCAGCUGUAUCCGACGAUCUUAUUUUGGAGAUUGUUCGCGCAGGUGCUUCGGAAUUGCACACUAUCGCAGCAUUGCAAGGGGGAAUCGUAUCGCAAGAGAUCAUCAAAUUGCUCACCCGUCAGUACGUGCCGUUGAAUAAUACUGUCGUAUUUAACGGAAUAAAAUCUGGGGCCUCGGUGUAUGCGCUCUGAUAGAAAAGACAGAAACUGACACCCAAACUGUUGCAUCGGAGAGUUACUUUCAUUGAAAUCUACUCUGAAAACUAUACAAAUAUAAUACCACAAAAACAAAAACUUCGGAAAUUGAACACGUAGCAGUUCCAAUGAAUACAAUCCGUGG